UGUGAACCCCCACAUGGUACAGCUGAGGCUUCGGCUAUUUUAGUAAGAGCUGGUGAAUCCCAGCUGCCAUACAGAAGCUCAUCGGCAUCGGUGAAGACGGCAGACAUGGAGUUUGUGGAAGUGUUUGACUCUCCAGGGAAAGGCAGGGGUCUGCGGGCCAUCAAAGAGGUUUGGGCCGGAGACGUUCUGUUCGCUGAACCACCUUUCGCUUCAGUUGUGUUUGACAGUCACGCCGCCUGCAUCUGUCACAGCUGUUUCCGGCGGCAGGAGAAGCUGCAGCGCUGCGGUCAGUGCAGGUUCGCGCAGUACUGUGAUAGAACCUGUCAGCGCGCCGCCUGGGAAGAGCACAAGCAGGAGUGUGCUGCUAUCAAGAGCUACGGCAAAGUGCCCAAUGAAAACGUCCGUCUCGCCGCUCGCAUCUUGUGGCGUCUGGAUAAGGAUGGAAGCGUGGUCUCGGACACGCAGCUGACCGGGCUGGACGAGCUGGAGGACCACAUCUACGACAUCUCCGAAGACGACCUCAAGGACUUCAAAGUCGACAUACACAACUUCCUAGACUUCUGGCCGCGUUCCAGCAAACCACACACAGUGGACAACGUCUCCCACAUCCUCGGAGUGAUCAACUGUAACGGGUUCAUGGUGAGCGAUCAGCGAGGGCUGCAGGCCGUCGGUGUGGGUUUGUUCCCGAACCUGUGUCUGGUCAAUCACGACUGCUGGCCCAACUGCACCGUCAUCCUCAACAACGGCAAUCAGUCGGCUGUCGAUUCUAUGUAUCACUCUCAGAAGAGAAUUGAGCUGCGAGCGCUGGGAAAGAUCGACCCUGGAGAAGAAGUGACCGUGUCGUAUGUGGACUAUCUGAACCUGUCUGAAGAUCGCAGGCGUUUGCUGAAGCAGCAGUAUUUCUUCGACUGCACCUGCGAACACUGCACCAACAAAACCAAAGACGACCUGAAGAUGGCCGGAGCAGUGGUGGAGGGAGAGAAGGUGCCAGAAGAAACGGUGAAAGAAGUCACAGAAUACAGCCGGACGAUGCUGGAAAAGAUGGAAAAGGCCCGGAUAGAAGCCAACUACAACGAGGUGGUGAAGAUCUGCCGCGAGUGUGUGGAGAAGCAGGAGAACGUUCUCGCCGACACACACAUCUAUCAGCUGCGCAUGUGGAGCACGCUCAGUGAGGUGUUGUCCUACCUGCAGUUCUUCGAAGAGGCGGCGACUUUCGCGCGCAAGAUGGUGGAGGGAUACCUGAAGCUCUACCAUCCCAAUAACGCUCAGCUGGGAAUGGCCACGAUGAGAGCCGGCGUGACGCACUGGCAGGCUGGCUUCAUCGAGAUCGCUCACGGCAUGAUCUGCAAAGCCUACGCCAUCCUGAUGAUCACCCACGGCCCGACACACCCCAUCACCAAAGACCUGGAGGCCAUGCGCAUGCAGACGGAGAUGGAGCUGCGCAUGUUCAAGCAGAACGAGUACGUCUAUCACUCCAUGCGCGAGGCGGCACUGAAGAACCAGCCCAUGAGGAUGAUGGCAGAACCGGUAGCCGAGAGCAUUAAGAACCUGUUUCGCAGAAAGUGAACCACAUCGACGUGAUCCACUGUGACAAACACGCUCAGGUCGACGCUUUCAAUCAGAAAGAGGAACAAAAGCAGCAAUAUUCAGAAUACACACUCUUAAAAAUAAAGGUGCUUCACGAUGGCAUAGAAGAACAGUUAUUGUCUAAAUGGUUCCAUAAAGAAACUUUAACAUCUAAAGAACCUUUCUGUCUCACAAAAGGUUGUUUGUGGCGAAAGAAGGUUCUUCAGAUUAUUAAAAGGUUUGACUGAACAGUUAUCUGUGGAACCAAAAAUGUUUCUUCUUAGGCAUCUCUCUUUAUUUUUAAGAGUGUAUAUAAAGUCAGACAUCUAGAUUAGGAAGCAAAUCUCACACAGCGCUGCUUCAGUUACAGAUUCAUUUCUCUACAUGAUGAUUGUGUGACAACUCUAAUAAGAUUUUUUUAAACUCUUCUUUGUUUUUGAGUGUCAUUAAAGUUUUUUGUAAUUAAAAUUUCAUCUGGUUUAAAGUA